AUGCUGGGCCGUCCUUCCCCAACGGCCCUGGAGAAGUGUAAGGACGCAGGACUGGCCAAGUCCAUUGGGGUGUCCAACUUUAACUGUAAGCAGCUGGAGAUGAUCCUGAACAAGCCAGGGCUCAAGUACAAGCCCGUCUGCAACCAGGUUGAAUGUCACCCUUACCUCAACCAGAGCAAACUGCUGGAGUUCUGCAAGUCCAAGGACAUUCUCCUUGUUGCAUAUGCUACCUUGGGGUCUGACUUAAGGAAGAAAUGGGUGAAAAAGGACAAUCCAGUUCUCCUGCAGGAUCCAGUACUCAACACCAUUGCUGAAAAGCACAGGCGAACUCCAGCCCAGGUCACCCUGCGCUAUCAGCUGCAGAGAGGGGUGGCUGCUCUGGCCAAGAGCUUCAAUGAGAAGAGGCUCAAGGAGAACUUCCAGGUUUUUGAAUUCCAGUUGACCCCAGAGGAUAUGCAAAGUCUAGAUGGCCUAAACAGAAACAUGCGCUAUUUUGAAGAAGAUUCACUGUCUCAUCAUCCAAAUUAUCCAUUUCAUGAUGAAUAUUAA